CUUUUUUCCCUUUGACCCUGAACCAGCGUGCUUCCUGUGUGGCACCUGGAGCCGCUUACGCAACUGUGCGCUCUGAAAAUAUCGCGUUACAUGUGAGGCGGUGCUCUGAGAAGGGAGCAGUGCACCUCGUGACCGUCUCUCUCUGUAUAUACAUAAGUUUUCACUUCACCUUCAGCGUCGCUACCGUCAAACACCGGCCACAACUUUCGAAAGUCAGCAUGAGGAGUGCCUGGCUUGUGUUCGCUUUGGUGCCGGUCAUUUCAGCGUUUUACUUGUCCAAACGAGAUGAGCUCCUCUUCAGGUCCUGGGCGGCACAGCACAACAAAGACUACAACACGGAGGAGUAUUACCAGAGACUCCAGAUAUUCACGGAGAACAAGAGAAGGAUUGACAAACACAAUGCAGGAAAUCAUUCUUUUACAAUGGCUUUGAACCAGUUUUCAGACAUGACAUUUGACGAGUUUCGAAAAGCUUACCUCUGGUCUGAGGCACAGAACUGUUCCGCCACCAAGGGAAAUUACCUCAGCAGCAAUGGACCACAUCCAGACUCCGUUGACUGGAGAAAGAAAGGAAAUUAUGUGACUCCAGUGAAGAAUCAGCAAAGCUGCGGUAGUUGCUGGACUUUCUCCACAACGGGCUGUUUGGAGUCUGUCACCGCUAUCGCCACUGGGAAGCUUGUUCCACUGUCAGAACAGCAGCUGGUAGACUGUGCCCAGGACUUCAACAACCAUGGCUGUUACGGAGGUCUUCCAAGUCAAGCAUUUGAGUACAUCAAGUACAGCAAAGGACUGAUGACAGAGCGGGACUACCCAUAUACAGCUGUGGAAGGAAUCUGUGUGUAUAAACCAUUGCUGGCUGCUGCUUUUGUGAAGGAUGUGAUGAAUGUGACAGUGUACGAUGAGAUGGGCAUGGUUGAUGCUGUCGCCACACACAAUCCUGUCAGCUUAGCCUUUGAGGUGACCGCGGACUUCAUGCACUACCACCAGGGUGUUUACACCAGCACCGAAUGCCACAACACCACAGACAAGGUGAACCACGCUGUGCUAGCUGUUGGCUAUGGGCAGGAGAAUGGUACACUGUACUGGACAGUAAAGAACUCGUGGGGAUCCAGCUGGGGGAUUGAUGGAUAUUUCCUCAUUGAACGUGGAAAGAACAUGUGCGGACUUGCUGCCUGCUCAUCCUUCCCAGUGGUUUAAUUUUGUUUUAACAUGAUAUCUCAGAAAAGGGUAAAGGGAAUUGCACUCCUUGUUUUUUAAAUGCUACAGCAUUUUGUUGUUUUUUUAGGCAUGGCAAGGCAAAUGUAUUUGUAUAGCAAUAUUCAUGUACAUGACAAUUCAAAGUACUUUACAUCAAAGAUCAUUCUUUUGUGAACUUUCAUAAUUAAUUUUAAUCUCAACUCACAUAUUCUGAUAUAAGAUAAGAUGUGCUUUAUUCAUCCCAGAAUUAGACAAUUAUUGAGAGAUUGUUUCAUACCCAUAGCGUGUGUUUGUAAUAAUCAAGAUGAUGACCUAAGUGCCAAAUUCUUGUGAAUAAAUUCACUAGUAAAUUUUU